AAAUAAUACAUCACCUCGUUGACCUCAUUUUGCCCCAAAUUUCUACAAAGUCUGCUAAAUUUUGCUACUCACAAUACUGUACUUCUCAUAAGCAGACACGUUAGAUUUAUGUCUUUUUCCUUAAUUUGCCGUUUCCUUAUCUAAAUCAAUUCAUCACUCUUUCUCUAUAAUUUAUAAAUAAUUUUCCGGUAUUUAUAAAUAAUUUUUCUUUGAUAUAUAUCUCUUCAAGCCUAUAACCUUAUCCAACAGUAAAAAGUAAUAUCUUUUUUAAAAUUAUUUUUAUUAUAUAACAAAAUUUUGGUAGACAUAAAAUUGAAGGAAGGUAAUGAAAAAUAGAUAUUAUAUUUUUAAUGAUAAUGAAUUUAUUAUAUUAUCAGACUCGACGAGUACGCCCCACAGGGCCGCAGAGCAGCUGAUAUAUAACGCUACUAGUGUUUAUAUCGGUCUGUCUUAAAUACGAGAACACAAGUUCAUCAUCUCUCUGAUUCAUACAUAAAUUAAGCUAGCUAGAACAGAUAAUCAUCACUGAGAAAUGGCGGAACAGCUCACCGACGAUCAGAUCUCAGAGUUCAAGGAAGCUUUCAGCCUCUUCGACAAGGACGGAGAUGGUUGCAUCACUACUAAGGAACUUGGCACUGUAAUGAGAUCACUGGGGCAGAACCCUACUGAGGCAGAACUCCAGGACAUGAUCAAUGAAGUUGAUGCUGAUGGUAAUGGGACCAUCGACUUCCCUGAAUUCCUCAACCUUAUGGCUAGGAAAAUGAAGGACACCGACUCUGAGGAGGAGCUCAAGGAGGCCUUCCGAGUCUUUGAUAAAGAUCAGAAUGGGUUCAUUUCGGCUGCUGAGCUGCGCCAUGUCAUGACCAACCUCGGGGAGAAGCUUACUGAUGAAGAAGUGGAUGAGAUGAUACGUGAGGCUGAUGUUGAUGGCGAUGGACAGAUCAAUUAUGAAGAAUUUGUCAAGGUUAUGAUGGCCAAGUAAUGAUCCUACCCCUAACAAUCCACAAAGACAUCCGAUUUAAGUAAAUCUGAAAAGAACAGAACGAAGGCUUUAAUAGUGUAGUUGGUUUGGUAGCAUCUUUAUUAUCUUUUUAUCAAAUUGUUAUGGUGGAACUCUAAUGGAUGUAGUGGUGAUGUCGUUAUGGUGGUGGUAGAAGUUCUGUUUUAUUUGUGUUGCAACUUUUUUAUUACAGUAGCAGCUUUAUGAAGAUAUUUGUUUGUCUAUUACCAAUAUUGGUAGGUGUUUAACUCCUUGUAUCAACCGGAAACCCGUAGUAGUUUUCUUCUGAAGACUUGCUCUUGUUUUUCCUU